GUAGCCAUACUACUGAGCCUCAGAUAAACCGUUACCUUGGCUCGUCUUCAGAACUGUCGGAAACUCACCGCUCGCAGAUGGAGCACACAAAGGCGAAACUAGCGAACUAUAGGUAGAGCCCUACAAAUCCUCUAAGACAACGGGGAAUCUGUGGAAUACUCAAUUGCUUUUAUCCUCCAAGCCUUUGUCAGUGACAUAAAGAACGAUGGGCCCAAAGAUCGAUAUCGGUGACCAUGCGGGCCAGGCCAUUCUUCUUCCUACGAACAAUGAGCAAGAGAAGGAACCUUACUCUCUUAUUGAAGUGGUAAAUCCUCCCUCACUUCGACAUAUAAAAGAGUCAGCUUUGAUGCAUUUGGCAACGGAUCAUCCAACCCACUCAUGUUCGCCUUCAACAGACCUAUCAAGACCUUGCUAUCAUGAAGUAUAUAGGUGUGUGCAGCUCCCGAACCCCCGGGAUGUCAACCCCAACCCCCAUCCACGAUGCCGCCGUCCUGUGCCUGACCGCGCUGGCGGAAUUCUGGGGCCUGGGCGUCCUGGCUCCGGCGGACGCACUCGGCGACGACGCCUCCCGGGACGCAUUCUACCUGGCCGAGGACGGACCGAACACGGUCGAGAUCCUCGAGGAGGUGGUCGAGGAGUGCCAGGCGCUGGAGACCAUCCUGGAGGAGCGAAAGACAGUUCGAGACGAAGUCGGCAACCUCCCGCCGGCGAUGGCGCUGGUCUUACUCUGCAAACUGGUCGACCUGGCCCAGGAGUGUCGGGACAAAGGACGCGCCUAUGCGUCCGAAAGGCAAGUCGACACUGAGACCGCGUUCGACACCACGGCCAAGGAUGCCUGGGCGCAGCUGAACGGCCGGUACCGCUGGUGGGGCCAUGGCCCGCCGCGCGUGCUUCUGGGGAAUGACUUCAGAGCGUUGCAGGCGCAGGUGGAACAGGCUCGCGCCUCACGGGGCACGACACUUGGCAAUCAAAAAAACGAAAUCCUGCCCCCCUGGCUCCCCGAGGAACACUCCAUCGCCUGGAUGCAGGUCCUGCAGAAGGCAAUGCGGGAUCUGGCCGGUGAGGUGCUGCCCCUGAUCCGGGGGAUGGCGGCGGCGGUGCGACGGAACUGGUUCCGCGACGCCGAUACGCAUUUCGAUCUCCCGCGGCAUCGCCAGUUCGACUACCAGUGUAUGGCGUAUGUGCUCAACCGCAGGCAGGAUUAUGUGAUUGAGAAGGAGCAGCAGCCACCGCAGCGGCCAAUCCCGCAGUCACUGCAGGCUCGGAACGAGCUGCUCCAGGACGUGCUGGUGCAACGACACCUGAUCGUGAGUAACCUGGUGCGGCGCAACCGGAUCCUGUACGCACUGGAGGAGCGCGGGCAUGCCGUGUACUCGGCCGAGCAAAUGCGGGCAUUCAUGGAGCCCGGCGAGGCCUGGCCCGCGCCGCCCGCGGCCGGGUACCUGCGCGGCUUCUACGAGGACAGGCCCGAUGAACUCUGCGUGGAGCAGAUCUCGACACACGGUCUCACCUGUCCGGGCUGCCUGGAAGUCCAGCGUCCCGAGGUGGCCCGGUCGUUCGAGGCCUGGAACGCGCAUAUUGCGGAGGACCUGUGUCCGUACAUCUGUCUCGAUCCCACCUGCCGCGACCCCGUGUUUUCGAGCCCCUCGGCGGACGGUUGCGCCUGGAAAGAGCACAUGCUCAGCAAGCAUUGCUCGAAGCUCUCGGCUUGUCCGUUCUGCAGCUGGCCCCCCAAUCCCGAGGAGGUCGACCCGGAGCACCUGCUGGCGCAUAUCGCGAUUGAGCUGCAGUUCUUUGCCUUGUUGGCGUUGCCUUGGGCGACGCGUGACCUGCAGAAGAAGAAUGCGUUCAAGCAAUGGUAUGACCUGCGAUACCCCGGCAAGGCGGUGGACAGCCCGUAUUACCCCGUGGAGUUGCUUCAGCUCCAGUACUUCUACGAAGAUUGUUCUGACGGGGUCUAUGAGGAGCUCAGCUCCGAGGCAGAGACAGAGUAAGUCUGCUUCAAAUUGUCUGUAAUAUGCUGUAUUCCUGAAUUUAAUCCUUAAAGAUAUGGUACAAAUUUUGUGUAAGCUGUUCAUUCUACUUCAAAAGCCUUCAAAAGGAACAAAAAAGAAGAGAGAGAAAAGAUUUCUUGGUCUCUUCGAGUGGAAAGGAGAAAGAAGCGUGAGGAAAAGAUCGAAGUCUUGCCGGAAAUCAUCUACGCUCGCCUAGAUUCGGGCCUUGAAACCCAAUUCCUCUCACAUCGUCUUUCCC